AUGACCUUGAUGCCUGAUGUCUUUGAUGACCAGUAUAUCGGGUGUCCUGAGGCAAUGGAAGAAGCUGCCCCCAGACUGAUGGAAGUUGAGAUGAAAGUUCACAAAGCAUUGCGUGAGGAGUGGAACAAAGCAAAAGAAAAAUGGAAUAGCGUGAAGGAAUCUGUUGCCAAGGAUCUCCCCAAGGUCUUUAAGGAAGAAUAUGGAAGAGCGAUUAUAGCCUACUGUAGCGGUUUAUUGAAUCGAGAACUGAAUGAUGCAGUACGGCAGUCUGGGAGCUCCCGCGCUACCUACAACAGCAGUUUCCAUUUCAAAGCCUUUCAUUACUACCUGACAAGAGCUUUACAGCUCCUAAGAAAGAGCUGCAAUGUGACGUACAAAACACCAGUGUACAGGGGAAUCGAAGAAGUUAGGUAUCAGCAAAGCGGAUCUGAUAUCAUGAGGUUUGGAUAUUUUGCCUCUUCAUCUUUCAACAAAAUUAAAGCUGAAGAAUUUGGUGUUGACAUCUUCUUCACCAUCCACACCUGUUUUGGAGUUGAUAUUGGGAAAUUCUCCUAUUUUGAAGAAGAAGAAGUGCAUCCAUGA